UGAAACUUAAGAUAUCAUAAUAAAAUUGAAGUAGAUAAAUUAAUUUUAGGUUCAAAUCACAAUGCUUUGUUUUGUUUGAAGUUGAAUUCUUUAAAAAUAAUUAGUAAAACCACCUUAAGAUUACAAAAUAAAAGUUUCAUUAGAAGAAUAACUAUAUGAAGUAACUAACCUUAUUUUAGAUUCCUCACCUGUUGUAGAAGAUAUUUAUAGUUAAAAUAGAUUACUAAUAAUAAAAAAUAAAGAAAUAUAUGAAAAUUGUAUAGAAGAUAACGAAAUUUUUGACAGAAUAACUUGUAAAAAAUAGCAUAGAAGAUUAAUUUAAUAAAGUAAUGGAUUCUAUAAUAGAUUCAAAAAGAUUCGUAGUUUAAAGAAGAAUAGAAAUAAAAUUAGAAGAUAAAGAUUAAGAUUAUAAAGUAAUUAUAAUAAAAAUCUCAGAAAAUAGAAUUAAAUGUUUUAGUCCAAGUAACCAAAUGAUUUUGAUUUCUUUCUUUUUAAUCGAGAACUUUAAGAAAAACGGAAUUUGAAAUAUAAGACCAUAGAGAAUAGCCUUGAGACAAAUAUGACCAUAAGAGAUUCAAGGACCAAGAGAAAGAGAAUGAGAAAGAGAGAGACAAUCCAAGAAAGACAUAGAAGUUUUCUACCUUUGUUCUUUUCGAGUUGAGCCAAAUAAUAAAUAUCUCUUAAGAAACCAAGUAGUCUAAAACCUGAGACAAGAUUAAUAAGAGCGAAGUACUUUGUUACAAGGGAGAAAAAAGACAAAAUAGAAUUCCAAAGAUUUUCUUCUAAGAUUUCUUUCAGAAUAUUUCUCAACUUCUUUUUUGACU